AUGUCAAUAGUAUGCACCAUAAGUGGUCAGACACCUGAAGAACCUGUUGUAAGUAAAACGGGAUAUAUAUUUGAAAAGAGAUUAAUUGAAAAACACAUAAUUAAUUAUGGCAUAUGUCCAGUAAGUGGUGAGGUUCUAACACUAGAUGAUUUAUAUCCAAUUAAAAAUGAAAAGAUUGUUAAGCCUAGACCUAUUACCGCUAGUAGUAUACCUGGAUUACUGUCGAUUUUUCAAACAGAAUGGGAUUCGAUUAUAUCAGAAAUGUUUAGUUUAAGAACACAUGUUAAUGAUAUACGUAAUGAAUUAAGUCAUAGCUUAUAUCAAUAUGAUGCUGCUACAAGAGUUAUAGCUAAAUUAUUAAAAGAAAAAAAUGGUUAUAAAGAAGAAAUAGAAAAUUUAAAAAAACAGAUUUUCGAAUUAAAAAGUAGUAAUAAUGUUGAUAUUUAUGAAAUAGGAUUAAAUGAAGAAAUAUUAGAAAAAAUGCAAAAUCUUGCUAAAGAUUUAUUAAUGAAUAGAAAAAAAAGAAAAAUAGAUAAUGUAUGUUCUAUUGAACAAUGGAAAGAUUUUGAAAAUACUAAUGAAUUUAAUAUUCAUUCAUCAACCAUACCAGGAGUUACUUGUAUUACACUUGAUGUUAAUAAAUAUAAAUAUAAUUAUAAUGAUGAUCAUAUGAAACAUAAUUUUUUCUCUGGAGGUAAUGAUGGAAAUGUUUAUUAUGUUUCUCUAAAUGAUAAUAAAAUAUUAUCAAAAUUACAAGGACAUUUAAAAAAAGUAAACGCAAUUAUUUCACAUCCAUCCAAUUUUAUAUGUAUAACAGCAUCUAACGAUAAAACCAUAAGAAUAUGGAAAGGUGAUGACAAUAAUGCACAUAAUAAUGAUCAUCAUGAUGCUGAUCAUAGUGAUGAUAGUAAUAAUAAUAAUCAAUAUACAUAUGACAACUCACAAUUUGUCUCUGCACAUGUUAUAACCAAACAUAAAGAUCAUGUUACUUCAUUAGCUUUACAUCCUUUGGAAAAUUAUUUUAUUAGCUCUUCCAAAGAUAGUAUGUGGAUUUUACAUGAUUUAGAAACAGCCAAAACUAUAAAAACUUCAAAAGAUAAUCCAAGUUCUUUUAAACAUCUAGCUAUACACCCAGAUGGUAUGAUGUUUGGUAUAGCAGCACAAGAUUCUAAUAUACAUAUCUAUGAUAUUAAAAGUCAAGAAUAUAAAGCAACAUUAAAUGGACAUACUAAAUCUUUAAAUUGUUUAUCUUUUAGUGAAAACGGUUAUUAUUUAGCAUCAUCUUCAAAAGAUAAUACAGUCAAAUUAUGGGACUUAAGAAAAGCUCAAAGCUUUCAAACGAUAACAUUAAAUGAAACACCCAAUUAUAUUUCCUUUGAUUAUUCAGGAAAAUAUCUAUCCAUAGCUGUAGAAAAUGAUAUACAAAUAUAUAAUUUUGAAACAAAAAAUCAAGCUAAUCUAAUAAAAACAUUAUCAUCACAUACAGAUACGGUGACACAAACAUGCUUUGGUAGUACCACCUCAUAUAUUUUGUCAAGUUCAAUGGAUAAAACCAUAAAACUUUGGAAUUGA